AUGCCAGACAUUAUCGACUUAAUCUCCUCGACUCCCCCAGCACCAGCUGGGAAAUCAGCGCCAACGUCCCUAGCACCAGCCACAGCAGCAGCGUUAGUUUCCAGUUCGCCGCCGUUCUCCGCGAAUACGACUACGAAUACUAGAGCACCUCGACCCCCUCCUCCGCCAUUCACGAUUUCUGAUGAUAUCGAUAUAUUCUCCUCCCCAUUUGAGAACGCGCGCGAUACGAUAGAUAAUAACCCGAGCAAGAGGCGCAGACUCAGCGAUGAGGAUUUCAACGUACCUCCGUCAGGCCAGCCGCGGAAUCGCGGCUUAAAUACGAAUGCUAGAAAGUCGAAUCCGUUUGAGUUCUCGGAUGAGCCUGGGAUAUCCUCGUCGAUUGAACCGACAAUAAGAUCGAAAUCACCGAACCUGAACACGAGUAAGAAUACGAAUUCGUUUCAGUUCUCCGAUGAGCUAGGAAUACCCUCGUCUACGGGCAGGAAAUCGCCAUCGAAAUCUCCAAAUCCGCUAGCAAAGAGCAAUCCGUUCCAGUUCUCGGAUGACUUUGAUGAGUUUGGAUUACCGCCUGCGCCUACGCCAGGGUCGUUGGUUAGUCCUGUUAUUACUAGGGGCGGGGAGAGGGAUAAGAAUGAGGGUUUAGGGACGCGGUCGAGAUGGGCGAUUGAUUCGGAUUCGAUUGUUUUUACGUCGUCUGUUGGCAAACCACAGGGAAAUGGAGUGGUGGGGUCUGUUCAGAGGGAGAAUACGAUUACAAUUGACAGUGAUGAUGAUAAUGGGCACGAUACUGGGAAGAGUAAGGAUAAGGGCAAGGGCAGAGAACAGGUUGACGAGAUCGAAGACUUCAGCGACCAGCUCUUCAGCCAGAUGUCGGAUAUGGAUGAAUUGAUGGAGAUUGCUGAACGGCCGAAACCUACUGCUCCGUUUUCGAACCGAACGGCGAGUUUACUAGCCACCCUUGAGGAUAAAAUGGGUAGUGCAAGUGCAGGAACGAAGAAGAUUACGGCUCGCUCGCGAAAGGGAAAGACAACUGCCGUGGAAGAGCAAGUGGAUGUAGAUGUCGAUGACGUCGAACCACCACAACCCAAACGCAGAACAACUACCAAGCCGAUAACACAAGACAAGGAAGCCAAAGUGCGCUCCCGGGAAGCAAAUAAGGCAGCGCGAGAGCGCGAGCGCGAAGCGGAAAAAGAACGCAAAGCUAAGGCCAGAGAAGAGAAAGCCAAAGAGAAACAGUUGGCUGCGGACCUAGCGCAGGUGAACAAGUCCAAGGUUGACAAGAAGGAAUCAACACCGGAGAUGAUUGUCGACUUCGAUAAAUCGCUGGAAGGGACAAGUGUGGGAAAUCAGGUCGUCGAAUUCAUGAGCCGGCUGGGUGUUGAGUAUACCUUCUUUGAGGGCCCGAUCCGGGGCCUCGUUAAAUGGCGGCGGAAGGUUCAAGCGACGUACAACGAAACUCUAGGAUACUGGGAGCCAUGCCCACUACGCAUCGAACCAGAAAAACAUGUCCUGUGUCUACUAACAGCCCAAGAAUUUGUGGACAUGGCAACUGCCCCAGAAACCUCCCCCACCACCCUGCAAAACCACGUCCUCAGCCUCAAACAAACCCACCAGCACUGUAAACCAAUCUACCUCCUCGAAGGCCUAACAGCCUUCAUGCGGAAGAAUCAAAACGCCCGUAACCGCGCCUACCAAGCCGAAGUCCGCCGCCAACUCGACCCCACAACCACCUCCUCCUCGCGCCGCAAAAACCAGCCCGAACUCCCCCAAGUAUCCGACGACAGCAUUGAAGACGCCCUCCUCCACCUGCAAAUCCACCACGGCGCCCUAAUUCACCAUACAUCUGCCACCCCGGAAUCAGCCGAAUGGCUGAAAACUUUCACGGAACAUAUCUCGACGAUACCCUAUAGACUGGAACUCAUGCGGGGCAAUGACUCUGCGUUCUGUAUGGAUGUCGGACAGGUGAAGACGGGGGAGGAUAAGAGGGAUACGUUUGUGAAGAUGUUGCAGGAGGUUAAUCGGGUGACGGCGAGUAUGGCGUAUGGGGUUGUCGAGAGGUAUCCGUCUGUGGGAGAUUUGGUGGAGGGUUUCAAGCAUGGGGGUGUUGGGUUGUUGGAGGAUGUUAAGAAAUCGGCGAAUAAAAACGGUGCUCUGACGGAUUCAAGGAUUGGACCGGCGGUUAGUAGGCGGUUGUAUAAGGUGUUUAUGGGGCUUGAUCCGGCUUCUACUGAGAUUUGA